AAUUUCCUGUGAAGAGGACGUUGGGAAAAUUUAAGGAAGAAAAGCCAAAGUUCUGCUUUCAUGAGAAAGACCCUGGAAUUUGCCGAGGCUAUUUCUCCAGGUAUUUCUAUAACAAAGAGACAAAGAUAUGUGAAGUAUUCAAGUAUGGUGGGUGCCUAGGAAACCAGAACAACUUUAAGAACUUGGAAGAAUGCCAGGCUACCUGCCAAAGCAGCUCGAAUUUAUUGCCAGUUGCUCCAACUGAAGAUCACCCAAACACCGUGAACAGUAGUUCCCCAGAAGAGCCUAACCAGUUUCCUGGAUUUUUUGAAAAUUUACUACCAACUGUUCCAAAUGAAAAGCAGUCCAACAUUGUUAACGGUAGCUUCCCAGGGGAGGAACGGGACCGCAUUCCCAGUUUUUUUGAUCCAUCCCCUGUCCCUUCUUUAUGUAUGACCCCUAUGGACAGAGGACUUUGUAGAGCCAAAGAGAGAAGAUUUUUCUACAACUACGUAACAGGAAAAUGUCGGCCAUUUCACUACAGUGGUUGUGGUGGGAAUGAAAAUAAUUUCACCUCCAGAAAAUCAUGCUUGAGCAUCUGCAAGAAAGGAUUCAUUAAAAAAAGAAGUGAAAGAAGAUUGAUAAGAAUCAAGAAGAAAAGAAAGAAACAGUCAGUAAAAGUUAUGAGAGAUGAAAUCAUCACUGAAAGAAUCUAAACUGAUUUUUAUAGAGAUGUGAAGUACCUACUACUCAUCUGUGAAUGAAAGCCUUAAGUGUAUAUCAUUUAUAUAUAUUUACUGUACUGAUUAUUUUGAUUACCUGUUAUUAAGUUGCUUAUGUUUUUAUUGUA